GUUUCCUGGAAUGAAUCAAUAAGGGAAACAAAUCACUCCAUGGUGACUGAGUUCAUUUUUCUUGGACUUUCCAAUUCUCAGGGACUCCAAAUUUUCCUGUUUGUAUUCUUCUUUGUAUUCUAUGUAGGAAUUGUGUUUGGAAACCUUCUUAUUGUCAUAACUGUGGCUUCUGAUUCCCACCUUCAUUCUCCCAUGUAUUUCCUGCUGGCCAACCUCUCAGUCAUUGAUCUGUGUCUAUCUUCAGUCACAGCCCCCAAGAUGAUUGCUGACUUUUUCAGUGAACACAAAGUCAUCUCUUUCAAGGGCUGCUUUGCUCAGAUAUUUCUCCUUCAUUUCUUCGGUGGAAGUGAGUUGGUGAUCCUUAUAGCCAUGGCCUUUGACAGAUAUGUAGCAAUCUGUAAACCUCUUCACUACUCUGAAAUUAUGUGUGGCAAUGUGUGUAUUGGCAUUGCGGCUGCUGCAUGGGGAACUGGCUUCCUCCACUCAGUGAGCCAAUUGGCUUUUGCAGUGAACUUACUAUUCUGUGGUCCCAACAAUGUUGAUAGCUUUUACUGUGACCCUCCUAGGCUCAUCAAACUCACCUGUACAGAUACCUAUAGGUUGGAUAUCAUGGUCAUUGCUAACAGUGGUGUGCUCGCUGUGUGUUCUUUUAUUCUCCUAAUCAUCUCCUACAGCAUCAUCCUAGUGACCAUCCAGAAUCGCCCUUCAGACAGGUCAUCCAAGGCUCUGUCCACUUUGACUGCUCACAUCACAGUAGUUCUUUUGUUCUUUGGACCAUGUGUCUUCAUUUAUGCCUGGCCAUUCCCUGUCAAGUCAUUAGAUAAGUUCCUUGCUGUGUUUGAUUCUGUGGUCACUCCUCUCUUAAACCCAAUUAUUUACACACUGAGGAAUAAAGACAUGAAGAUGGCACUGAAACGCCUGAGAAAAUGGAAUGUGAAUUUUAGGAUAAAUUUUUAG